UUUUUUUUUUUUUUAACCCUCUCAGUUGUCCUUUUGCUCGCUUUGCUGCUUCCCCCUCUAUCCCCUCAGCAAUCAAUCAUGGCUUCCCUCGCCGACUUUGUCGACUUCUCUCAGCCGUCUCUCCAAUGGGCCGCGCUGGCCAUUGCUUUCAACCCCAUCUUCUGGAACAUCGCCGCUCGUGCUGAGUAUCGGAGUCACUUCUUGACUCGUAUAUUCGGUAAUGCCUACUAUGGUUGCUACUUUCUCGCCGUCACCAUCUUCAGCCUGGGAAUCCUGCGAGACCACAUUUACCAAGUGGCCCUGGAAGACCAACCUUAUUAUGCCCCUGUGCACCAACCGAUUCUCGGCGGCCUCCUCUUCGCCGUCGGCUCCGUCCUCGUUCUGUCCAGCAUGUAUGCCCUGGGAGUAACCGGCACCUACCUUGGAGAUUACUUUGGUAUCCUGAUGGAUGCCCCCGUGACCGGCUUCCCCUUCAACGUCACGGGCUCCCCAAUGUACUGGGGAAGCACUCUGAAUUUCUUGGGAGUUGCUCUUUACCGGGGCAAGGUCGCGGGGGUCUUCCUGACGGCCGAGGUCUUCAUCUUGUACUGGUUCGCUCUUCAGUGGGAAGAUCCCUUUACGGCGGAGAUCUAUGCCAAGCGGGAACGCGAGCGCGCCAAAUCGAAGCAGGGCGGCAAGAGCUUGUAAGCCUGGGCCGGAUAAUGGGAUUUCCCCGAGUCUGGCACCUACCCUGCUUCAACCCCAGGGCACUGCGAUGCAGUCCAGAUUGCCUGCGGGAACGGAGCUCGGACCUUCAAUACCUACGCCGUUCGCGCCAGUCAUCUAAGUGAAAUCACAGACCUCACCCAGCCCUACAAUUUAAGGCCUAGCAGAGAAUACACAAUUGGUUCUCAACAAUGAUCUGCUAGUCAACCAGUCAGUUGAGAGAAAGGAAGGAGAAAGAAAGGGGGACCAAAAAGGAUUUCGAUGGGCAGGUACGCAAUAGCAUAUCUGCCGGCCGCGUCAGGCAAGCGAAAAGGAGAGAUAAAUCUACACAACUAGAUAGGAGAAGAAAAU